AUGGCCGACCACGACGACCUCGAUCCGGCCGCUCAGUCGUCCCGGUACCGUCCCAUCAAGAGGCUCGAGGAGAGCGUCGUCAACCGAAUCGCUGCCGGAGAGAUCAUCCACCGUCCCGCCAACGCCCUCAAGGAGCUCAUUGAAAACAGCCUCGAUGCCGGCGCAACCAUGAUCAAGAUCACCCUCAAAGACGGCGGCGUAAAGCUGCUCCAGAUACAGGACAACGGCUCCGGCAUCAGGCACACCGACCUGCCGCUCCUCUGCGAGCGAUUUGCCACGUCCAAGCUCCGCGACUUUUCCGACCUCUCCAAGAUGACGACUUUUGGCUUUCGCGGCGAGGCCCUCGCCAGCAUCAGCUACGUCAGCGCAUCGAUGAGCGUCGUCAGCAAGACAAAGGACCAGGAUUGCGCCUACAAAGCCUACUACUCGUCGGGCGCAUUGGCCCCGCCCAAGCCGGGCCAGUCGUCUGCGCCGCGCCAGUGCGCCGGCACCGACGGUACCCUCAUCUCGGCCGAGGACCUCUUCUUCAACGUGCCGCAGCGCAGGCGCGCGCUCAAGAGCGGCGCGGACGAGUACAACCGAGCGCUUGAUGUCGCCGCCAAGUACGCCGUGCACUACGGCGGCCGCGGGAUCGGGUUCUCGUGCCGCAAGGCUGGAUCCAACGUGACCGACCUCAACACGCCCGCCUCGGCCACCAACACGACGCUCGACGCCAUCCGUAUGCUCCACGGUAACGCGGUGGCCCGCGAACUGAUCGAGCUCAAGCCGAUGGAGGACGAGAGGUACGCCUUUCGCUGCCAGGGCUGGAUCAGCGGAGCCAACUGGAGCAGCAAGCGCUCGACCAUGCUUUGCUUCAUCAACAAUCGACUGGUCGACUGCCCGCUCCUCAAACGCUCCCUCGAGGCACUCUACGCGACGCUGUUGCCAAAAGGUGGUCACCCGUGGAUCUACAUCUCGCUCGACAUCCGACCGGAGAACGUCGAUGUCAACGUCCACCCGACCAAAAAGGAGGUGCACUUUCUCGACGAGGAGGAGAUUGUCGAGGCCAUCUGCGUCCACGCUCAGACCUGCCUCGCGGGUGCCAACGCGAGCCGGACGUUCCAGUUCAGCCAGGCGCUUUUGCCCGGUGCGCCUGACCCAUCGCGUCCGAUCAAGAGCCGAGACCGCGACCGCGACGAGGCUGGCAACCGCGCACCGGAUGGUCAGGAGACGCCGUAUGACGAUCAAGAGCGUCGCGAUGCCCUCGACGACGCCGUCUCCGCUUCCACCACGACGCCCGUCGGCGCCAAGCGGGCAGUGGCGUUCGCCGACAAGAGCCUGCCGCCGUCGCUCCAGAAGGGCUAUCCGCAGCACAUGGUCCGCGUCGAUGCGCGGUCGCGCACGCUCGACUCGAUGUUUGGCUCCUCCUCGUCUUUGCAGCAGCAGCCUCCCUCGCUCAGGAACAGCAAGCGGCAGGUGGACGCGGCCAUGUCGACCGAUGCACCGACCGUCGAUGGGGAAAAAGAUCAGCCUUCCUCGCACCUCGACGACAGCAGCGCCAUCGAGGACGGAGCGGGUGUGCGGCCGUCGGGGCGCAAGAAGCGACGCACGACGCGGAUCCCGGAGUCGGACAUUGCCCUCACCUCUGUGCGCGAGCUGCGCGCCGAGAUCCAGAAGCGCAGGCACGGCGGCCUCGCCGACAUUGUGCACAACCACAGCUUUGUCGGCGUCGCCGACCUCGACCGCUCCCUCAGCCUGCUGCAGCACGAGACGCGGCUCUACCUCGUCGGGCAUGCCGCUUUCAUCGAGGAGUUUGCGUACCAGCUCGUCAUCCGCCAGUUUGGCAGUCUCAAGCGCAUCAAACUCGACCCGCCACCUUCGAUCGAGGAGCUCAUCCGGAUAGGCCUCGAUUGCGAGCCGGACGUCCCGGUCAAAGGCCCAGACCGCGAGCAGAUGGUCAAGAAGAUCGCAAGCACCCUCAUCGAGCACGCCGAGAUGCUCGACGAGUACUUCUCGCUCGGCAUCGACGCCGAGGCCGGAACGCUGCUCAGCAUCCCGACGCUGCUGCCUCCCACGCACACGACCACGGCGUCCAGGGGCGACGCCGACGAACCCGGCAACGACGCUGGCAGCGAAGCAACAAUGGCGGGUACGAUUUCGCUCGAGCGCCUGCCGGCCUUUUUGGCGCGGCUGGGCCCCAUGGUCGACUGGGAGGACGAGAAGGCGUGCUUCGAGACUUUUGCGAGGGAGCUCGCCUUUGCCUGCCUCCCCGACACGCCGCUGCCACUCGCACCCGACAACCAGGGCGGAGGCGAGCGCAACGAAGACGAUGGCGACGAAGCGGCGGCGGCGGCGGCGCGGGCAGAGCAUCGCCGGCUGAGGGAGAAGACCAAGUGGGAGGUCCAGCACCGGUGGUUCGCCAGCAUGGUGGCCAGCGUCGGCCGCUUUGCGCCGCCCAAGUCGCUCCUCGACAGGGAUGUUGUGCAGGUCGCCAACUUGCCGGAUCUGUACCGCGUCUUUGAGCGGUGCUAG